AUGAAGUGGUCAACUCUCCUCCCUCUGGCGCUCUCCACACUCUCUCUGCUCCCUUCCACAGGCGCAUGGCAAAUAACAUGGACCGACGCCGACAACCAACAGCACAGCCAAUCCGGCACUGGCCCCAGCGACUGCAUCGUCAUCGAUAACCCCAAGGGCCACAUAUUCAAGAUCGACUCCCAGGGCGAAAAGGGCAUCAACAUGCUCCUAUUUGCAAACAACAAGUGCUCAGGCGGAGCAGCAGGCAUGGCGACCGACGUGUUCUCCAGGGAAUCCUCCCAGGAUCUGCUCGGCUUCAAGGUCGUCGCUCUGUCAUCAACAACUACCACGGCAAGCGCUACGACUGGGAAGUCCGUCAGCCGAGUUGCGACGACGUUCUCGCCCACUUCGCCGAGUGGGACGGCCUCGAGGAGUAUCAGUGAUAGUGGUGAAUCGAUGACGAUUCAGCCAACGGAUGCGAUGAGCACGACUGCGACUGCGACUGCGACCACGACUUCGACUUCGACUUCUGAAAAGUCGAGCACCGCCUCGUCGACGACUUCGAGUGCUGCGAGCAAAGCUACCCCCAAUGCGGCCGGUCAGCUGGCGGUUUCGAAUGGGGAUAUGGUGAAGGGGCUCGUCGGUACUAUCUUCGGAUUGGGGUUGGUACAAUGGAUGAUUUGA